CUGCUCCCUGAAGGCACCACUCGUCCAUUUUACGUCGUCACCUUGCGCCUGCGCAGUGCAGCUCGUCUGACCUUCAUUGGAGCCAUGUUCGCCCGCAGCAGCGCCUUGAUUUUCUCUCCACAAUGUGGGCAGGUCAGGAGCAUGGCCACCCUGAAGGACAUCACCAUUCGGUUGAAGUCCAUCAAGAACAUCCAGAAAAUCACCAAGUCCAUGAAGAUGGUGGCCGCCGCCAAGUACGCCCGUGCUGAGCGGCAGCUGAAGCCGGCCAGAGUCUACGGCUCCGGCGCUCUCGCGCUGUACGAGAAGGCCGAGAUCAAAGCGCCGGAGGACAAGGCCUCCAAGCAUCUGCUCAUCGGCGUGACUUCUGAUCGUGGCCUCUGCGGCGCCAUCCACUCCAACGUGGCCAAGGCCAUCAAGGCCGAGAUCGCCAACCUGACCGGCGCCGGCAAGGAGGUGAUGGUGAUCAACGUGGGGGACAAGCUGAGAGGCCUGCUGCACAGGACCCACGGGAGUCACAUCAUGCUGAACUGUAAGGAGAUCGGCCGCAAGCCCCCGACCUUCGCCGACGCUUCGAUCGUCGCCACCGAGCUGAUGAACUCCGGAUACGAGUUCGACCAGGGCUCCGUGUUCUUCAACAGGUUCAGAUCUGUUAUCUCUUACAAGACGGACCAGAAGCCGCUGUUCUCCACCGACACGGUGGCUAACGCAGAGAGCAUGGGCGUCUACGACGACAUCGACGCCGACGUGCUGAGGAACUACCAGGAGUUCGCUCUGGUCAACAUCAUCUACCUCGCCCUGAGGGAGUCCUCCACCAGCGAGCAGAGCGCCAGGAUGACGGCGAUGGACAGCGCCAGCAAGAACGCCUCUGAGAUGAUUGACAAGCUGACCCUCACCUUCAACCGUACCAGACAGGCCGUCAUCACCAAGGAGCUCAUUGAGAUCAUCUCCGGAGCUGCCGCUCUAUAAACGGCUGAGAUCGUCGUCUCGUCUCCUAAAAGCUCUUCAGAGUUCUUCAGACACGCGUUGUCGAGAGUCUAUGAACAUUUGUGCUUCUAUUUGUAAAAUAUAUGGCGAAAAUAAUAAACCUCUUACUGAUUCCUCA